UGCCACUGACCCCGUCAACUCCUCUCGAUAAUUUCCCCACAGACAUCCUCCAACAUGACUCUCAUUAGCGACGAGAUCAAGAAGGACCACCGAGACCUCGAAGAGGCCUACAACAACAUCCUGACAGCCACGACCGACGAUGAAAAGCGCCGGUGGCAGAACCAGUUCACCUGGGAGCUGGCUCGCCACUCCAUCGGGGAGGAAUUGGUCCUCUACCCUGCGAUGGAGAAGCACCUGACCGAUGGGAAGGCUAUGGCAGACAAGGACAGAGCGGAGCACAAAACAGUGAAAGACCAUCUGGAGAAAUUCCAGAACCUGAAGCCCAACGAUGCAGAGUUCAUCCCCACCAUCCAGGGGCUUUGGGGCACCCUCUCCCAGCACAUUAAGGAGGAAGAGGAGCAAGACCUCGUCAAGCUAGAAGCGAGUCUGGAUGAGCAGGAUUCGAAGAGCAUGGUCGGCUCGUUCAAGCGGACCAAGAUGUUUAUUCCUACUCGCAGCCAUCCGUCGGCGCCCGACAAGCCGCCAUUCGAAACGGUGGCAGGACUGUUGGCGGCUCCGAUUGAUCAUAUCAAAGAUUUGUUCAGAAAGUUCCCCGACCAGGCUGCAAGUGACCUACCGCCCUAAAACUGUCUCCGACGAUGGUUUGUGACUUGGGUUGAGUUAUGUUGAUUUUGUUUGUUGAUGUUAGGGAAUCGCGAAGCAACCUGUGUUGUAAUAGUAGGCUUCAGAGCUUGUCCCGAUUUGAGCAGC